AUGUUUCGUUCGCACACAUGUUUCUUCUCUCGCAGUUAUCUACCAGCCCAACCGGACUGCUUCGGACCGACGGAGCAGUGCGCGACUGCGGCCGAGAAAGAAUACUUUGCUCGGGCGAGGCUGAACUACGAGAAGUUCCGCCAAGAAAUCGUGCACAAGAGUUCCUUCAAAGAGCUCAUCAGAGCUUUCAAGUGCUACGACGGCGAGCGUUUCAAGGCCUGCGUGUCCAAGAUUAUCCUGAAUUUCUUCUCUGUGCCCCUGAAGACGUCGAAGGCCGGCAUCAAGGAACUUACCGAUGACGCCGUCGAGACCACGCGGACCUGCCUGGUGCCCCAGGGAACGUGUCCCGAGUCGGCCAAGCCGGGCAAGGAGGUCGCCGAGAAGCUGCUGGCCGCCUUCCAGGACGCCUGGAGCAAAGACGUCAACGGGGUGCCGGCUCCCGGCUCUUCCCUCGGAGUGGUGGCGCUGUUGCUCGUCCCGCUGGCAGCGCACAGGCUCCUCUGAAUGGCUCGUGGGGAAAUUCCCUCGGUGAAUCGGGAGCGGUCUUGGAGCGCUUUUAAACGCGUUAGCUUAUAUUGCCUGGGUGCAUACAGCCGCCUUUGGUUUGGAUGGUCGCCAUUAUAACUGGACUGGUUUCACGAAGCCGCGGUGCAGUUCCCGCAGUGCUCUUUCGCUCCGUUCGUUCCCCGGUUACGCCCACUUUCCCGCUUACGUAGGAGGGAAACAGUCGCCUCGCACUCUUCCAAGAACGCGCCGCGAAGAGGUGUGGACCGAGCGGCCAUGGCACAACGUAUACGCGACAGCGUAAAACUGAGGCCCAGAGACGACGCUGUUUGCGCGAAACCGCCGACACCCGGGAGAAAAAAAAAAAGUCUCUUGGAAGACAACAAUAGAGGAACCGUACGCGGCGAUCGAGGUGAGUUGUGGUGGCUGCGUUUGAAACCGCCGACGCCCGGGAGGACAGACCGAUUCCCCGAGCACCAUGGUUUACGGGCCGUUGCGAGGUGGGAAUCGCCAUCUUUCGCCGGGUUAGAACCCCUGCACGAAACGCUAUAAGCGUUUCGUCGAGAUUCAGCGUAGCGACAAGAGCUACUGUGGCACAAUUUGUUUUGUUUGUGUCUUCUUGGUUUUGCGAGCGCGCACUUGCGUCUACCGCACUAAAGGGGCGAGCAUGGAGCUCUUUUGGGUCACUCCAUAUCUACCGAGGGAAUUCAACGUCCGUUACUCCGCGCGGGGACUCCUUUGUUUAGUCUUCAGAUUUUGAUUGAAGCAAAAUAAAUACGGGACCUUGAAUACUUUUCUAAC